GCAAGUGCAAGCUGCCGUGAACGGCUCAUCGCCAUCCGCCAACAUCCAGCAACCACCACAACACGAUCUCGCUGCCUCGACGGCCCAGCCGCAUCAUAGUGUCGCCAUCUUAUCGCCCACACCAGCGCCCGGCUCUCCACAAUUCACGGCUGCGCCCCCAAGGCAGCACAAUACCGCUGAUCUCGCCAUUCAAGUACACCAUUCGACCCUAGCUCAGAGCUCGCAAGCUCUCCACCGAAUCUCAAACACGCUACGAGCACUGCACAAAGACGCGCAGAGUCCAUUACGACACCCUCACCACCAUGGCCUCCUCGUCGUUCCGCGACAGCAUGAACAGCCUGGGCUGGUCACGCCGCGCUGAAGAGCCCGUCAACACGAGCCCACAGAACCCAAUCUUAGGCACUCUAUCGAAGCUUAAUCCAUUUGGAAGCGAAGGCUAUGUAAGGCUGCCUACUACGGAGGGCGAAGGGCCUGGCGCACCACUCCCCGCGCGGACACGAAGAGAAGAGGAAGAGGCGUGGUUUGCGCUAAGUCGAUGGGACCGUCUCCUACUUUUCGGUGGCUUGAAUCUCGCUGCCAUUGCCUUAUUCGUCGUUUGCUUCACAUUGCUGCCUAUACUCAGCCUGAGACCACGCAAGUUUGCCAUCCUAUGGACGAUGGCUUCAGUCCUCUUCUUGGGCUCGUGGGCGGUCAUGAUGGGGCCAGUGGUCUAUGUGCGCCAUCUGGUCUCCCAAGAACGAUUACCAUUCACAGCCACCUACUUUGGCAGCAUAGCGCUGACGCUGUACUUUGCGGUCGGACUCCGCAGCACCAUCUUGACACUAUUCACAUCAAUCGUCCAGAUCGUCGCUUUAGUCUGGUACCUCGUGAGCUACUUUCCAAUGGGAUCACAAGGUCUACGAAUCGCGGCACAAUUCGGAGGCAGCCGCAUCAGCGCUGCACUCAACGGCUAAGACGGCGCGAAGCGAUGCAAAGCAGCAGAUCACAUCUAUAUACCACCACACGCGAAGCAAAGCGUAUUAGCGUAUGUAUCAAGCAAUGCAUCCAUCCACUCCAACUGCUCGUAUUGCCCCCGUGUCUUGCUCUACUUGCUGAUCGUCCGAAAUCUUGCUUUCUGCA